AUGACAUUGGAUAAAGGUCUCAGACUCUCCACACCUCAGCUCCCCUAUCCGUACGAUGAGGAAGCUGGACUCGGUUCUAAUUCCCUGAACCUGUCAUAUUUUGCAGACUGUAAUCAUACAUCCUCUAACAGUCUGCUCCUGGAGAAAGCCCGCAGAGCAUUUACCUCUUCAAGCAUUCCCCAGUCCAAGUACCUUUGGGUCUCACUACUUGAUUAUGUGGUAGUUGUGAUGGCAGUACAGCGUUUAGCAAAUUGGGAAAAGAACCUACCUUCCAACUUGUUUGCUCGAGUUGUGAUCAAGAGGCAAAAACUUACUACUUGGAAGAUACCUUUUUUAAUGAGUAUCUAUUGCCACUUCACUCCCCCAAAUCUCACUCACCACCAGAUCGCUCCAGAUGAAAAAGGACGAGCCCAGGCUGCAGCCCAAAGGCAUGCCAACCAAGCCCACCUGGUUGACCUGACUUUACCAGUUGGACAAGCAGCUGUUCCUAAUACUGAUCCUCACUGGAACUAUCAGGUAAAAAACUCUGACCCAGACUUUAUCCCUGCCAAGGACAUUCAAGGCUAUCAGAAACCUUGCCUUCCCUCCAGCAGUAGCCCAAGGCUAGAUAAACAUCACGUGAAAGGUAAACUUAGCGAAAAGAAGAACUCGGCAUAUUGGACAGCGACCUUCGGGCCGCAGCGGCUGCGCAUGCGCCACGCCUGCCGCCCGCUCUCGCCGGGAAGUUCCGUUCGAAACUUCCCGGCCUCGGCACAACCCUCCAAUCACAAACGUCCUUCCUGGGCCACGCCCCCCCACCGCCCCCUGCGGGAACCCAAGCCCGAUUUCGCGCGCACCCCUCCUCUCCUUACGCACGCGGCGCGUGGACGUCGCUUCCUGACGCCGUCGUCGCCCCCGCGCCGGCUCCCGCGCGGGCCGCCGCGGCCGGCACUGCUGGUGGCGGGAGGGGGGAGCCCCGAGCGGCGGGACCUCCCUACGGAGCCGGCGAAGGAGGAGCCGCCCCCGCCGCCCCAGCAUCACGUCCUCUAUUUCCCCGGCGAUGUGCAGAAUUAUCAUGAAAUUAUGACACGUCAUCCUGAGAAUUAUCAGUGGGAAAACUGGAGUUUAGAAAAUGUCGCCAACAUUUUAGCUCACCGGUUCCCCAAUAGUUACAUUUGGGUGAUAAAGUGUUCCCGAAUGCAUUUGCACAAAUUUAGCUGCUACGACAAUUUUGUGAAAAGCAACAUGUUUGGUGCUCCAGAACACAAUUCUGACUUUGGAGCUUUUAAGCAUCUUUAUACAUUAUUAGUUAAUGCUUUUAACUUAAGUCAAAACAGUUUGCUAUCAAAGAAUAUGAAUGUUUGGAAUAAAGACUCCACAGCAUCCAAUUGUAGAUCCAGUUCUUAUACUGCUAAUGGUUGCCAGGGAGAAAAAGAGAGGACCUGUGAAAAUUCUGAUGAGUCUGCCAUGAGUUUUUAUCCACCAUCAAUUAAUGGUGCAUCUUUUACUUUGAUUGGAUUCAGUAAAGGUUGUGUCGUUUUGAAUCAGCUGCUUUUUGAAUUGAAAGAAGCCAAGAAAGACAAGAACAUAGAUGCUUUUAUCAGAAGCAUAAGAACGAUGUACUGGCUGGAUGGUGGUCAUUCUGGAGGAAGCAAUACUUGGAUAACUUAUCCAGAAGUCUUGAAAGAAUUUGCGCAAACAAAGAUUAUCGUUCACACCCAUGUCACACCUUACCAAGUAUGUGAUCCUAUGAGAUCUUGGAUUGGAAAGGAGCACAAGAAAUUUGUCCAGAUACUUGGGGAUUUUGGUAUGCAGGUAACUAGUCAAAUUCAUUUUGCAAAGGAAGCUCCUUCCAUAGAGAAUCACUUCAGGGUUCAUGAAGUAUUUUGAGACCACAAUAAUAGUAAUGUACUUGUUGUGUGGAAAAACAUAAGCACUUUGAAUGAUGUAAGUUCAGAUAAUAAGAUGUAAUUCAUAGAUGCAUUGUCAGUUUGGGGGUGGAGGAGGAUGUACACAUUCCCAAAAUAUAUGUGCAAUAUAGUAUUUCUUGCUUGUGAAUGUGAGUUUUUAAUUUGAGUUAGAAUUAGUUAAUUUGAAAUAGAAAAAGGUGGUUUGUGGUGAUCCUAUGAGAUUUAAGUCUUAAAAAUGAAAGUUAUAGUCCUAACAAAAAGUAACUAAAAUUUUUAUUGUUGGAAAUAGUUGAUUUUCUCAGUAAUAUUUUAAACUAAUUUUGGUGACAUUUUAACAGUAAAUUGCUAUUUUGGCACUCAAAACUUAAGACGACACACUUCAUUUUUCUUCAAAGUAAAGGCACACUGACUGAUGUUUUUAAUCAUUUUGGAAUAACUGCACCCUUACUCUUGUGUUUUGUAAACUUAUGGAGUUAAACUUUAAUGGAUCACCAAAUGUUUUUUCCAGAGUCAAAAUGUGCUUGUUUCCAAAUGUACAAGAACAUGAAAUAGUGUAAAGUUGUUUUUCUAAAAAAUAUUACAUGUAAGCACUGUGGCUUGCUUUUUAAUUGACAGUUUUUAAUUGGUUACUUUGGAGAAGACAUUUUAGGGUUUCUUGAAUCUUGGCCAAAAAUCAGUUGUUUUGGGAAAUUAGUAUAAAUUAAGCAUAAUUAUGUAUUUUGGUUAAAAAUAUAUUACAGACUAGAUUUCAAAUUUCGUUUUAUUAGCUUUUUGAAAAAGAUCAACUUAGGUAAAAUAAAUAUCUCGUGCUCUAUUUGUUAGUGCUCUAUUGAAAAGGAGACAGAUUCCACAGAGCUAAAUCAGUGUUUCUCCAGAAGCAUGAUUUUGUCUGCCAAAAGAAAAUAGCUCUCUUUGGCCAAAAUGCAAAAUUAUAUUGCUAUAAGAAAAGUUACAAGGGAAAGUUUGAAGGCACAAAUGAUUUAAUUUUGGCUCAAAAACUGAAUUUGCUUAACACUGCUACAUAAUUUGGGUAAAGUUUCCUUCUGCCCGUUUUUCUUGACCUAGAUAAAUACAUUUUGAGAAACUAAGAUUUAAUGAAUGUCAACCAACAUUGAAACAUAGCUGUGUGAUUACAAUAAAAAUGAGCAGUCAUUUUUUUGUUCAUUAAUAAUUAACUUUUACAAGUCAUGAAAUAACUGAGCAAAGAAGUGUAACAUCUGCUUUAGGACUGCAAUAAAACCCUGAAGCUUAAUAUCUUAAUGACCCAGAGGACCUAAAUUUAUUAAAUAUUAUAGAAUAAAAAUGUUAACUAAUUUCUUGGUUCUUGGAAUUAUAUUUUAAUGACUAUAAAUACGUUCUAAAUAUUCAGAUACUCAUGAGAAAGGAUUCUUACUUAUCAAGUGCUUAAAAAUAACAUCCUUUUUUUGGUGUUCUAACAAUUCUGUAAACUAAACAGUAUCUCUAAAU